AUGUCACUCAAAGUUGCCAUUGGACAAUUAUGCUCAUCUUCAAACUUAGGUCGUAACCUCAACACAGUGAUUAAGAUAUUAGAUAAGGCACAAGCAAGCAAUGCUAGAAUACUUUUCCUUCCAGAAGCUACGGAUUACAUCCUGCGAAAUUCACAACAUUCACAAGAAUUAUCAAAGGGAGUCGAAGCACAAUUCCUUAACCCAUUGCUAAAGAGAAUCAAAGAAUCAAAUGGGAAUACGUAUGUCUCGAUUGGAAUUCACUUGCCUGGGAUUAAUAGAGUGAAAAAUUUACAUGUUUUAAUUGAUCCUCAAGGGAAGGUGAUAUCGGAAUAUCAAAAGAUACAUCUAUUUGAUGUCGACGUCCCCAAUGGGCCAAUUCUCAAGGAACUGAAUUCGGUUGAACCUGGAAACAAAGUUGAAGAACCAACAACAAUUGAUGGAUUCAACUUAGGACUCGGAAUUUGUUAUGAUAUCAGAUUCCCUGAGCUUGCGCUUUCUUUAAGGAAAAAGGGAGCUGAUAUAAUCACUUUCCCAAGUGCAUUUACAACAAGAACCGGGGAAGAUCAUUGGGAGUUAUUAUCCCGAGCACGUGCCAUUGAUUCUCAAUGUUUUGUAAUCAAUGCGGCCCAAUGUGGAUAUCAUGAUGUUGGAAAAAGUGAAACAGGAGAAGUUAUAAAGAGAGUAAGCUAUGGUGAUUCGAUUGUAGUUGAUCCAUGGGGCAAUAUUCUUGGCAGAGCAAGCAAAUACACGGACACUCCAAAGUUAGAGGAAGAUGGAGACUACUCUGAAGUCAUCUUUGCAGAUUUGGAUUUAGAAAAACUUAAGAAAGUAAGAGCAAAUAUGCCACUUUUGGAUCAUCGUCGCCCUGAGAUCUUUGGAAGCAUACAAUUGAAUCCUUUUAGGUCGGAGCGACUGUAUUCUCAGAUUUGCGAAAUGGAAUAUUACAGGUGA